AUUGAGAACAAAAUUCAAAAUUGGUUCACCUCAAACACAUGAAACUAGAAAUGAAAUUGGGGUAAAAUUUAGAGGCUAAAAAUGUAAUUUACCCUCUAUGAUAUUGCAGAAUAGCUCAAUUCCUUUCUGAAAGAAAGCAUUUGCGUCCUCUUUCCUCACUUCGACAUUUUUUGGGCGGGAAAGAGAGCGGCGGAAUGAGCACAUCGGCGGCGGCGGCGGAGGCGGAGGCGGAGGCUCCAGACUUGGUUUGUGAACUUGACAGUGUACAAGGCAUCGUUGACGCCCUUACCUCCGUCAGAUGGAAGCGCUAUCAAGAUGCACUCGUAGAAUUAUCUGAACAUGGUAUAGUGAUAAUCGUCGAGGAAACCAGCUGCCUUCAGGCCAAGGUUUAUUUACAACGCGAGUUAUUUGUUAAAUAUGAAUACGGGGCGAGAGGGAGGCCUCGAUUUGGGAUGAGCUUAGGACUGUUUGUAGAUUGUCUAAACACAUUUUCAGUUCCGGGCAAGUCCAACAUUCUCGAGCUCAGAUAUCCAGGUCCCGAUAUGCAACUUCUUCUCAGAUCUGUUGAUUCUCCCAACGCCUGCAUUUACGCACAGAUUAGGACAAGGAUUCCAGAGACUAUUUCAUGGGACUACAACUUUGAACCUACUGGAGCCACUCCUCUUACUUUUACGGUUAAAUCUGCAGCUCUGAAGGAAGCUAUUGACGAUCUAGAAUGGCCUGGUUCUAGCAUUCAGAUUAAGUUACAGCCGACACCCCCUUCUGUCAUCUUCCGAGCUGAAGGCCAUGGUGAUUUACAGAUUGAAUUCAAUUACUAUGCCAAUAUGGAUCUUUUGAUUGCAUUCAGUUGUGAUCGCCCAAUUUCUCACAGGUACAAGUACAAAUUCCUGAGAGCAACAACAUCAAACAUACCAGCUAGUGUGCUUAAAGACAAUCGAGGGAGCAAAUUUACAAUGGGCAGAGGUGGUUUGCUCAAAGUUCAGCAUCUCGUUUCAGUUUCAAAGCCUUCUUCUAUUCCACACAUUGAAUCGGCUGGCUAUCAGCAACCGAGUCGCAUUGCUUACAUUGAGUUCUUUGUGAAACCACAUGUUCAAGAAGACGAAGAAGAAGAAGAAGAACAAGUUAAUGUAGUAAAUGAUUCUCAAUAAUUGGAAUCUCACCUCACAUUUUUUUUUAUUUUAUGUAGCAACAGAUAAAACUUAAUUGAAUGACAUUUUUUUCCUCA